CUCCGUGCGUUGUUUGCGUCGUGUCGGUCGUGUUUAUGGAAAACGUGAUUCAUUCGGCGGCGCGCGGCCGGCCGCGGUGAUGACGUUGAAUUCAAAUUGAUCGUCAAUAUAUUCCUGACGAUAUUAUAUAUUGAAACCAACACGCAUACGCCGAACGCGCGCGUCAAAAAAGAGAAUCGAAUCGAAUCGCCGACGUCGCGCGUAUUGUGUAUCAGUAUCAGAGUACCACCCAAACCAGAUUACGCCCGGCGACCAGCAAACCGCAUCGACGAAUUCAUCGAAAAUUUCACAGAUAAACUUUUGAACUGCGAUUUGCGCUAAUAUCAAAACACAAAACAUCCAACUUUUCGAUUCGAAGAAUAGUGUAAAGUGCGAAUGUUCUACAUGUUCCACAUGACGCGUGCGUUUGUUGAUUAGCACCGAAAUAAAUUACAAAUAAAAUCUUGAAACAAAAUAAAAAACUUUCGACGCGCGCGCGACGCGACUUGUUGGUGUCGUUGAUAGCGAUCCUCGGACGGGACAACGCGGCACACAUUCGCAAGCCGGCGUAAUCACCGCAUUGUGUUGUGUAUUGGAUCGGUUAAAUCGUGUUAAAUCGAUAUUUCCAAGACGUCGCCGGACAACGCGCCAAAGCAACGCAAGCAACGUACCAAAAUGAUCGCUACUUUAAAACCAGCGCUCCUGGUGUUAAUCAGUUUCCUAUCACUGAUAUCAGCCCUAAAUGACUGCUCCCUCUCACUGAAGAAUCACAUCCUAACAUGCGAAGACGUUGACUUUGCCGCCGCCUCGGAUUCGGAAGGCCUCAACCCGAUCGAAGCUCAAUUAAGCAACGAAACCGUCGUGCUCAUACUAAAAAACAGCAAAACCCUCGACCUCAAACCGGAAUAUCACACCGAACUAUUCCAAGUCCUAAACAGUUAUCAAGUAACAUCUGUAAAAUCACUCAAAAUCGCACCCGAAACCUUUAUAAACCUCACAACAUUGGAAUACGUGAAAAUCUGCGAUAACGACUAUCAUAAAAUCCUCGCAAACACAUUCUUCGGUCUCGAGAAACUCCGCACGCUGAAUUUAAACAACAAUUCGAUUCACGAGGUGGAAGCUGGCGCAUUUAAUUCGCUCACAUCAUUGGAAACACUCGAAUUGACUCAUAAUGAUUUUAAAAUACUGCGAUCGCGUCUAUUCGCCUCCCUGGUCAGUCUGAAAUCGUUGUUUUUGUACCACAACAACAUCGAAGUGUUAGAAGAUGGCUGCCUUGAAGGUCUAGAGAAUCUCGGCGUGCUGGAUUUAACCUACAACAGGAUAGCGAAUAUCAACGCGGAGAUGUUCAAUGGCCUAGCGUCCUUGUCGCAGCUGUACUUGUCCUACAAUCGCAUCGGACGCAUCGAAGGUGAUUUCACAUUGGAACGCCUGGAGUUCUUGUACCUGCAGAAUAACAAGUUGACGACGGUCAGCGAGAGCAUGUUCAGCUCGCUGGCAACAUUGAGGGACGUUGACAUCUCGCGGAAUCGCAUCGAUGAACUGUCUCCGCUCGCGUUCUACAAUUGCAGCAGGCUGAUGAAUCUCAACUAUAAGGAGAAUAAUCUCAAGCAGCGCGUGGAGUUUGAGUUCGCUGCGAAUGGCACCAGUCCGCUGAUUACGGCGUGAGGAAUCAAGUUGUGAAUUUCGAAGAAUUAAUUAUUGUUAAGUAUAGAGAUAAGUUGUGCUAAACAGACAGAGACGUUGGUUGUAUUUGUAUAUAAUGAUAAAUAAAUGUUAUUUAUUCUA